UCUUGCGGAGUUUUUAACCCCCCUGCUAAAUUACUCAUUUCGCUGGAUAACAAUUAAAAAUACACUCAUAUUUUCUAUACAUGACCUUUUAAUUUACAACAAUAACACUUUAAAUUAAUUACUAAAUGGCUGUUCAAUAAUUUGCUUUCAUAACUGUCCACCUUAUCCUCGAGCCAUGACAGAAGCAUCGUCCAGUCCGUACCGUGCCCUGGGCACGGACAAGCAGCGACAGGUGAGUUUAUGGCGCGCUCAGACUGAAAACCAGUUCGAUUAAAGAGAGUGCAUGAGUCACAUUUUCUGGAUGCGUUAUAAGUAUACGGUAAACGGCCUCUCAAUAGGACAAUAAAGCAGCCGUUAUAAUAAUACUCAGAAAAGGUGGGGGAAACUGCUCUUGGAGUGGCAGGGAUCCAAUUCCUGCUCAGAAUGUGAUGAGUCUGUGCUGAGACUCGAGGAAAUUCUGUCCGAGUUAGGUAACGACCGAUUUCACCCAACGUUCCUGCCAGAAAAAAACUUUCCACCCUAAACUGCGCAACGAAACACCCCUCCUACUUCUUCUCCUUCUAAAUUAUAAUUAUGAAUGAUGAUAUUUAUAUUUUUUUGUAGGGUUAGGAUAUGUGGUGUGUUUCAGCAUCCCAACAAAGGGUACUGCUUUCAGAUGACUCUGCAUGAUACACAUAUUUAACUAUCAUGUCAGACAGACGGGUGGGAAAAAUGUCGCUCCAUAAUUGUGCUUGAUGAGUAAUUAUCCUCAAUCAGCGAACACCAACGUUCAAUUGUUGUCACUCAUCAUUAAGAAUAUAAUAGGCUACUAUCAUCGCAACACCGCACUACGAAACAGCGAUCUAACCCACCUGGGGGAGACCCCGGCCGGGUACUAGCAGUUCAGAGAUGAGACGAGAAGAUCUGGGGAACUAAAAGGAGAAAGAACAGACACCACUACAAACAAUGUUGCCUUUGGCUUCACUUCCUGAACAUCAGCACUGGAUGUGAGCUCAUCAAAAUAACACAGGAGGCUUUGAUAGGUAGUAAGGUUAAAGUGACCUGUCCUCACCACUCCCACCUCCUUCUCAUCUACCCUCAAGACUCAAGCCGUGUGUUUCUGUGAAGUCAGCAGUGCAGCAAACUCUGAAGCUCCGACCAGAAGCUUUACCACGGAUCUCCUGCUCUCCUGGGCCUCACCGAUCACAAGGAACCUCCUCGUCCACCCUUCCUCUAUCCACAUCCACCCUCCCUCCACAUCUGGCCUUCCUCCACAUCCAACCUACCUCCAGAGAGACACAGAGGCAGAGAGAGCAGUAUGCCCACCCCGUCCAACGGGACGCCGGAGGACACCCUGACGCGGGCUCUCGGCCGCUACCUGGACGCCUGGCGGCGGAACGCCUCGGCGGCGGCCGACGCGCUGGACAAGACCCUGCUGGAGGAGAACUUUGUGAACGUGGAGUGGUACCUGGCCGUGAUGAUCGGCAUGUUCGCCUUCAUCGUGGUGGCCAUGCUGGUGAGCACGGUGAAGUCCAAGCGGCGGGAGCACUCCAACGACCCGUACCACAAGUACAUCGAGGGGGAGUGGACGGAGAAGACCACGCAGGGCUACACCAACGACGCCGCCAGCUGAGGCCGCCCGGAGGGACGCCGUCGUGUUGUCUUCGUCCUCACCUUUGGCAUCGUAACCAUCAUCAUCCUCACCAUCAUCAUCAUCAUCAUCAUCAUCAUCAUCUUCAUCUUCCUUGUUAUAAUCAUCAUCUUCCUUGUUAUCAUCGACGGGAAGAAAAAUGGAAACGUCCCUAAUUAAUCAAAAAAGCAUACACGUAAAAAUACUUACUUCACCAAGUUAAACGCCACAAUAAAGGGGAGUACAAAAGGU